UAAUCACCGGAUGGAUUGAUCAUGCAUCCAUCACCAAGUACGUAUUCGGCACCAAUCAACCGCAAUCCCAAGCAAAUUCUGCGCCCUACGCGCUUGUAAUUCCCGAGCGAAAUGGCGGCCUACGAGAAGCAGCAGCCGCAGCCGCAGCCGCCGCUGAACGCCGGGUACUACGGCCCGCCGAUCCCUCCGCCGCAGCCGGCGUACUACCCGCCGCCGCCGGCCCCGCACCGUGGCGGCGGCGGGCCGCGCUGCCUGCUCUGCUUCCUCUUCAAGGUCGUGGCGCUGGCCGUCAUCGCGCUCGGCGCGGCCAGCCUGGUCCUCUGGCUCAUCUUCCGCCCUGACGCCCCCAAGGCGUACGCCGACUCCGCCGCGCUCUCCCGCUUCGAACUCGGCGCCGGAGCCGGCGGGGACCUCCUCCAGUACAACCUCACUGUGGCCAUCCGCCUGCGGAACCCGAACCGGUUCGGGAUCCGCUACGAGUACGCCGAGGCGCAGGCGCUCUACGACGGCGAGCGGUUCGGCUUCGACCCGCUGCAGCCGUUCUACCUGGGCGGCAAGAGCGACGCCCGUGUCACGGCCGCGUUCAGCGGGUCGGCGCCGGUGGACGGCGACGACGACGUGCGGCGCACGUACCGGAGGGAGAACGGGGAGGGGUUCUACUACAUCAAGGUGAGGGUGUACUCGGACCUGAGCUUCAGGGUCAGGGUCUUCCGCGUGCGCGACUACAAGAGCAAGAUCACCUGCGUGCUGCGGCUGCCGGCGCCCGCCGCCGGUGGAAACGCGAACGCCACGGCGAUGACGACGCUGGGGACGAGGUGCGACGUCGACUUCUGAUCCUUGCCCGAUUGUCCAAACUCCAAAGGCGUGUCCUUUGACAGCUUGUCUUUGUUAGCCGGCCGGGGAUAAUGCCGUUAACAGUGUCUUUGUUUGACCGGCAGUUUGUAAAUGUCUUUUUGGCUCGCGUGUUCAUUCUUUUGUUUUUUAAUGCACAAUAAACCUGAACUUUGUGUUCCGUAGUUAUAUAUGCCGUGGUGCUAAGUGUUAUUGACAUAUUGUCUUCACAGAUUA